UUUGUCUCCAAACUCCAACUCUUCUGCUAUCUGUCUCAACUGUCAGCAUCAGAGGCUCAUCAAGCACUACAGUAUGUCUGGGGCUGCAAUGUAUGUGUCUUUGCUGUGCUUUCUUUCUGUCUGCUCAGCCUGUUACAUCUCUAACUGCCCAGUAGGUGGCAAAAGAUCCCUGAUAGAUUCACCAGCUCGCAAGUGUAUGGCAUGUGGUCCUGGGGACAGGGGCCGCUGCUUUGGUCCCAGUAUUUGCUGUGCAGGAGGUCUUGGCUGUUCUGUGGGCUCUCCUGAAGCAGCAAGCUGCCUGGAGGAGAACUACAUUGCUAGUCCAUGUGAAAAUGGAGGGAGAGCAUGUGGAUCUGCAGGGGGACUCUGUGCUGCUCCAGGGGUCUGCUGUAACUCAGACGGCUGCAGCACUGAUUUGUCAUGUCUAGCUGAUGAAGAGUCUGAGCCAGAGGGCAGUGAUGGCCUUGGUGGAGAUCUCCUCAUGAAACUGCUACAUUUGACCAGACAGCAUUUGGCCAACAGAAUCCACCAGUGAACCUUUGUGAACCAAGCACUGUAUUUAAUUGAUUUUUAUAUUGCUAGAGCUCUUCAUUAACCCUUAUGAACUACCAUGUACUCCUAUUUAAAACAACUUUGUGUUGGUUAUAUUUAGGGUAUCAUUUACACAUUAACAUGUAGCAUUUAUGAUGGUUAAUAACUGAUUUUGGCUGUGCUGAUA